AUGUCCAUCAGACUUUCCAAGAGACUGAGCAGCAGGAAGAAAAAACCAAAGGACAAUGCCCAGACUGAUGUUCUACAUAAGCUCGGCCUGGAGGCCUACAUGACUACACCACUGGACCCAGCAUCUAUGUUAGACAUCAGUACUUGGACUCUGGAAAACUGCACUCCUCUAGAGCCAAAAGAUCUACCAAAUGCUUUUCUCCAACGUCUCUGGCUGCUUCGUCAAGAUGCCCGAAGCCCUUGUUGUCAGCCUCUACACGACACUCUUAACAAUAACAAAUCACCUGAGGAGAUGCUCAAUGGUUCUGAAGGAGAAAACCAGUGUGUCAUCAACCCCCUUGAUUUAGUUACAGCUGUCUUCAUGUCUGCCAACACUUUCCUUCAGCAGGAGAUAACUAUGCGAAUGGCACAAUGUCAGUUUGCUGUGCCUCUAGUCCUUCCGAACUUAGAUCCAGAAGAACCCAGUAACUUUCUUCUUUGGCCUUUACGAGCUGUCAUGAGCCAAUGGAAGUCUCACAGUCCGGAUAACAGCGGAAGAGUCCAAGAGGGGGGUUUAGCAAAAACUUGCAUGCCAGUGGUUUCUUGCGUGAAGCUUGGUCAUUGCAGUAUCUCCAAGUCAAAGGUGCUAAACCGUGUCCUAAGUGGACUCAGAUCUGACAGUGAAACGUUUCUCCACAGGGGAAUGGAUGGAGGGCAGCUGCCUCGCAGACUGUCCAAUGGCCUGGUAGAGGUUGGAUGGUCUCUACCCAUUGGCGAUAUCAUCAAAGAUAUUUUUUCUGUCCCCGUGGCCAUUACUAAUCUACGUGGAGAUGCCAGUACACAUGAUAAAUGCCUCAGCCUUUUAUGUCAAGCAUCUUCAGCUGUGGUGGUUUUCUGUGGGGAUCUUAGGGAGAAAGACAAACAAUGUCUUGCUUUCUGCAAAGAUACAGCAAGCAAGCUGAUACUGGUUGAUCUUUCAGACACUGAGAGAAAUGAGAACAGAGUUGUGGGGUUCAUUGGUGACAACCUGGCAGAUGAUAUGGAGCUUUCUAAAGGGCUUGUGCUUCCAGGAGGAGGUUUAAGUGAGGAGGAACUGGCUAAUAAGCUGUGUGACACACUAAAAAAUCUGCUACAGGAUAAAUUGAAACUUGUUACACUUGAGGCAGCAGCAAAAUUAGCAAUGGAGAUUGGCUUAAAUGUGGAUGAAGGCUCAGUCUGUAAAAAGGCAAUGGCCACAGUGGAGGAAAUGUUGAAAGGUUUAGAUGAGGGACCUGCUGAAUUUAGGCUGAAGCAGCUUCCUUUGCAGGGACAUUUGUGGAGCAAAUUGGCAGAAAUAGAGAAAGAGGAGAGUAAACAGAAAAAAGAAGGUAAAGAAAUUGAUCCCCAAAUGAAAAAGGCAAAGAAAGACAUCUCGGCUGAGAUGAGCAGCUACAAAAUGACCCCAGCUAUGAAGAUUUUCACUGAUGCUCUUUUUACCACAGAUAAAGUGGAGAGGACUUAUUUUCUUAGCUGGAUCAAACUGAGACUUCAGCUGACGCAAACUGAAAACCAAAACAGUCCACAAGUUCUGUCCACAAAUCUGCCAACAGAACAGAAAGAUGGCAUGCCUGAACAUUCAGAUGAUUUUGAAAAUGGAGCCAGUGACGGCCUUGAUGACAGUGAUAGUUUCUGCACAGAUUCAACAUCUGAAGAGGAAACUGAAAUGCAGCCUGUAGAUACUGAAUUGCAAGACUCAGAGCAACAGAGUGAAAUAGAGCAAGACUGCCAUUCCGAGUAUGAAGAAAAUGGCACUUUGAACUGCCAAGAGAAUCAGUCACAUGAACCAGAGCAGACAAUUGCUGAGCCAGAUUCAGCUUCUCCUGCCAAACAACAAAUGUCCUUCAAUGUUUCCUUUGAAAACCAGGUAGCCUCAUGUUCACAGCCUUUUGAACCUGAUCCAUCUUCAUUGGGGCUUGAACACUUUCUGCGUGAGAUGGGCCUAAUUUUUGAGCUAACCCACAUCAGCCCCGGCAGUGGGAGCCACAAUGUGUUGCGUCUCCCCAGCUUAGCAGCAGACCUUCUUCUCUAUGGAAUUCCACUUGAACUAAUGGAUGGAGAUGCUGCAAAUAUCCCCAUCCACUGGCUGAGCUGUGUCUUUGCAGAGCUCAAACACCGCCUACCUCAAGAACAGUGCAGGACCAGAGUGCUAACAAACCUUGGCGUUCAUCAUGCUAGGAAUGCUGAAGUUCUUUCUGCAUUGUUUGGGGUGAAAUUCCCAGAGGGGAGGAAAAGAUCCACUCGUGGGGUGUACAUGGUUGCCCUCUGUCUCCCUUAUAAUCUUAGACAGGACAUGGAGUGUGACUUUCUGUUGCUGAUUGAUGUAGAAGGUCUCUGCUCAGUCCCAAUAGACAGCAAAAGAAAUGCGCUGAUCCAUGACAAUGAGAUGGCCACUGUUGCAGCAGGAUUGAGUGAUGUUUUAAUGCAGAACAUUUCAUUACAUGCUAGUUCGGAGUUUGAAACACACUUCACAGUCAUAGCCAAUGCUCUCCUGCGCAUCAAAGAAUCUGGCUCCAUGCCCAUUUGUCAACUUCUGCUCCAGGAUGAAGGAAUAAACAGUCUAUUACAAGCCUCACAGUUACGGCGUGUUUCUGAGAUGCUUCAGACUGAGACCAGACACGGUGAAACAACCUGCACCAACUGUGUCAAAGGGCCUUGGUCCAAUCUGUCUCUUUCUGAACCAGUUGAUACACAGUACAGCAAUGCUGUGUUAAAGCUCAAGGUAAACCUCUUUGGGGCAUUGAAGAAUUGUGCAGCUAAGUCUAAACCCUCAGGGCUUCCUGAGUUUACCCGACGUUUAAGUGCUGUGUGGGAUUCAGUAAAAGCAGAAUCCUUCUCCAUUGGUCUGCAAAAUACACAUAUAGCUUUGGCAUUUUCGUUAUUGUGCACCGAGUUUUCCUUGUGGAAGGACAGUUGCCUGGAUAACAUUGAGAGCUGGUUAAUGGGGGCAACCAAGAAAAUCUUUGCCACAAAGGCAAAAGCUUUGGACGCUGAAGUCCAAAAUGAACUUUUGAAUGAACUGAAGAAUGAAGCCAGAGAGGAAGUCAAAACCGAGAUGGACAAAGUCAGAUCAAAAGCAGAGGCCUACUUAAUGCAAGAUGACUUAAAAAUGAACUCCGAAACAUUCAGGCCAGUCCUAAUGAGCAAUAUGGCCAACCUCCAGGACCGAGUAAUCGAACAGAUCAUACAAAAGUUGGACACAGUCAAUGAGAGUCAUUGUUCUUCUACACAGCUGAAAAACUUUGAGACCUUGCUUGAAAAAGAACAAGAGUCCAAGCUACAAGCAUUGGUAGAGAAAAGCAGGUCAAUCAAAGUUCUCCUUCAAGAUUCAGAGCUAGAAGAGGAGUUUGAGGGUGUGUGGAGUAAGACUUUGUCCAACUUUGACUUCAGACCUUCAGAAAGAGAAAAUAUUACUGCAAGAGUGGCAGUUAUUCUGAAACACAAUCUAAUCAGCCGUGGCCUUCAGAAACACAUGAAAAAGCUUGAACUCACGGGCCUAAGCCAGACAGAGAGCUUCCAGGUUUCUGAUGAGCACUUUGGAUACCGUAGCAGAUUAAGACACAUGUUUGAAGACAACAACAGACUCCAGAGGUUAGAAGCUCAAGAGGUAGCAUGCAGUAUCAUAGAGGAAUACAAUCAGUUUGUGUCAGACAAAUGUAGCUUAUCAGCAGAUUUCUCAGACAGCUACAUUACAGAACUGCUAGAAAAUGUUGAGAAAGCGCUGAAGGGAAAAUCCAUGGAUAUCAGAUCAGCUUUUGAGGUAGAUCUAAAACUUUAUCUCUGUAAUGCUGCAUGCCAUGAUUUCCAAAAGCUACAUGACCGUUAUGCCAAGGACAGAGAAGUUUUGACAGUCAUCACAGAAAACAAGGGUAUGUAUCUGGCAGAGUUUAUCUACCACUUCAGGAAGAGAGACGAGUGCCAGAGGGUUGCCCAGGCUUUCACCUCUAUGGUCAUCAAACCCACAGUGAUGGACUACAUCAACAGACCACUGGGGAUGCAGAUUGUAGAAGAGAUCCGAGGUAAAGCCCAGCAGUAUAAGUACCCACAAGCUUUCCAUCAAAGCUUGCUGGAGGAGCUGAUUAAAGAAGACCACUUUGAGAGCUUCCUUGAAUACUUGCUUUCCUAUGAUGACUUCACACGAAAUAAGAUCCAGGAGACAGUGGUAGCUCACCUCUCUGAAUCAACCAACCUACGUAAACAGAGGCAACAGAGACUUGGAGAAAUUGUAGGAAAGAUUGCAGCAGCAGUAAGCCAAACAGCAGAAGGUACCAAUGGAGUGUUGAGUGAUACAAAGCCACUGCUGGAGAGAGCAUGUCUCAUUUUGGAGAAAGAUGGGGAUGUUGAUGUCAACAGGGACUUUCUGAUUGGACCCAUGUUCAGUAUCACCACAGAAUGGGAUUGUUUUGUUAAAUGUUUAAUGGACUUACUGGCCAUAAUGCGAUUGGAUCUCGCCCAGGAGUUCUCCCAAAAUGUAGAUGUACCCCAGCUUUUGAACAGCCUUCCAGUUCAGCCCCAAGAGUACCUCUUCAACAGAGUGAGAGGCUGUGACAAGCUGUGUCCUCACUGUGGAGCUCCCUGUGAGGAGGAGGAGAUGGGACAUGAGGUUCAUAAGACCUGGCUCCAUCGGCCCAAAGGCAUGCUGCCUUAUGACUCCUAUUCUCUGUCCCAUAUCUGUUUCCCUGAAAGCAUGAGCCAGAGCAACCCAGACCAGAACCAGGACACAAAGGAUACAUCUAUGACAUGUCAAGACCUCCAGUCUCUGAGCCCAGACUGGACCAUCUCCCCUGAUGACCUUAACAGCCAAAAGGCCAGUGAUUACUGGAGGUAUGUGUUGGUGAGGUUCAAUGAGAGGUUCGCAGAACAAUUCAAGCAGGAGCCAGCAGAGAUUCCUCAUGAAUGGAGGAAGAUCACUCAGCAGGAGGCCUUAGACAGUCUGAAGUCAGUCUUCCUCACAAGACAGAGUUGCUAAAAGGCUGCAUUCAGAUUAAGUUAAAAAUGCAUUACUUGACUCAAUACUUGAAAAAGUACAAUGGAAUUGUCGGGCAGCUGACGCUACACAGAGAUGUUGAUCGUAUACAUUUGACGUGAGCCAUGAAACGCCUCAAGCUCGAAACUUCUGAUUUAAACUGAAAGCUGCAUAAGGACUUUUCAAUGCUGCAUUUUGUCUUUAUUGUUUGUUUGUGACAUUUUUAAAUAAGAGUCAGAUCCUAAUGAACAAAGUGUAAAAGAAAAAAAAUCAAGAAUUGAUUCAUAGCACUGAU